UGAUUGUAAUAUUAUUAUCAAAAAUAGUUAUAUUUAAUAUAUAUUAUAUAUAAAACUAUUAAUAGUAAUAUGAUAUAACAUGUUCUUUCUAAAAGUCAUGGAAAAGUAUAAACAGGUGAGAUAAUCAGCAUUAGUAAUGAAUUCCUUGUUGACUAAGCACCUGUGUAACCAUAAAAUAAAAUCAUGUCACAGGAACUUAUUUUCCACUACUUAUAACUGCUCCUUUAUCUUCUUACAAUGAUCAGAAUUACUUUCUUUAAUAAUAUGGAGCAGUUACUUAUUCAAGUAAUAGUACUUUGAUAACAUUUGGUAAUAUGUAGUAUCUCAUAUGUAGUACACUCAUGAUGUGAUAAUCCUUUGGAUCACUAAAUAUUCUGACACAGAUAUAUGUAGCUAUUACUAAGUGUGCAAGAGCGAACAGUUUCCCACUUGCUCUAUAGCUAUGAGUUUUAUGGUGGAUAGGGCAGUUUUACUAGCCUCUCAUAGUCCCUUUAAUUUCAUGUUCAUUUAUGCAUUAUUAUAAAGGUAAUACUUUUAUAUGUCAAUUAAAAUAAUGAACUUUUUAACCAAGGUAAGAUUACAACAUGAAGAUUAUUAUUAUUACUACCAUACUGAUGACAUGUAUGAUACAUCACAAACUAUCUGUUUGUUACAUGGGACUAUCAAAUGUCUGAUUUUGUGUCCCAUAUGAUAAUCACAGUGGAGAUGACAUAUAUUUCAUGCAGUCUCAGCAUUUUGGGACUGAUGCAUGUGAGCCAGACACUCAGGAUUUUUAGGAGGAUAAAAGAAGCUAAACCUACAGCCUCUCUCGUCCUAACAACUCAUCUGCGACAAAGACAGCUCCCUCAUUGGACAUCAUAUUUUGUUAAAUAUAGUGAUGUAACCAGUGACCAGAGAGGUUUUUCACACUUCAAUUGGAAGGUUGAUGGAGCAAAUUAUCAUAUCCUUCGAACAGGAUGUUGGCCGUACAUGAAGUAUCACUGUACCAAGCGACCAUAUGAGGACCUUUCUAUGGACGACAAAUUUUUCCGUGUUUUGAAAAUUGCAAACCUAGGUUUACCCUGCCUAGCCUAUGGUUGUGGUGCAUCGUUUCUUAUAAGUUGUCAAGAGGAGAUUUACACACCUGAAGGAACUGUUACAAUUUACUUCUUAUAUGAAGAAGAUCGAGGCUCCAUGUAUUGACAGGACUUAAGAUU